AAGGUUCAAUGAUGAACGUACCCAGAACAGCAGGUUGCAGUGACCGCAGAUAAUUUCAAAAGACGUAUUUCGGAGAGGAUUUGCUAUGGCAAGUUUUUGAUGGAAUGUCGGUGUUAUUGAGAGCUGAAUUGGCAAAAGUCAUAAAUAAAUAAUAAGCUCUACACAUGUCUGACAUAUAUCUGAAGAAGGAUGCUUUGAAUUUACUGGAGAAAAGACAUGCCGUCUUUUUUGGUGAUUCAAAUAUGAGAAGUGUUUAUAAGGACUUAGUGUGGUUGAUGAACAAGAAUUCCCUAAUAGAAAGGAAUGUCUUGAAAAGGAAACUGGGAAACUCCUUUAUGGGUGACACAUUGGUGAAAAGUAGUGAGCUGCAUAAGGGCAGAGAUUUUGAAGAGGUUAGAAAAUAUGAGAAAGACAAUGUUUGCAUGGAGUACUUCUUCAUUACAAGAUGCUACAACAACAACAUUGAGGAUAUGAUGUCAGCCAUAAAGAAGAAGGGACGAUCAGCCCCUGAUGUGAUUAUUAUGAAUUCGUGUCUUUGGGAUAUCACUAGAUGGGGACCAAACGGAGUUACUGCAUAUAAAGACAACAUGGUUAAACUGAUGAAGCUAUUGAAAACGAGUCUUCCCCCAGAAACGCUCGUGAUAUGGACAACAGCGCCGCCCAUAUCCACAUCUUGUUCAGGAUCUUUAUUAAUCAAACAGGUGGAGUUCCUGCAGCAUACUCUCCGAUUUGAAGUAAUGGAAGCAAACGUGUUUGCUCGGCAAAUCGUAGUGUCCUAUGGCUUUGACGUUUUAGACAUUCAUCAUCACCUGCGUAUGCAAAUUCACAGGAGGGCAGACGAUGGUAUCCACUGGCUCCCAUUGUCCGUAAGGCACAUGACAAAUCUUCUUCUGACACACAUUGCCUUGUCCUGGAAUUGCCCGCUGCCCGGAAAUUUCCAUAGCCGAGUUCUGGAUUCAGUAAAGAAUAGUGAAAAUGAGAAGACUGAGACUGUGAUCCAAUCCUUGCCUCCUGCCCUUAUGUCCGUGCCUUUGCCAGACUCUAGUACCGAUUUUAAGGUGCCUGCAGUACUGUCACAAAUGAUGCCUAAACGUCAAAAUCGCGCGCCAAGAAAGAAAAGGAUGAAGCCCUGGACGCUUCCGAGGCUUUCAGAGUCAGUUCUGAACAAGGAGAAUGUUCUUUCUGGUACUCAUGACCUUGGUGUGGCAUAUAACAACUAUGGCGAGAUUGUGGACCAAUGGAGACCUGAUGUCACGUAUAAUAAAUAUGGCGAGAUUGUGGACCAAUGGAGACCUGACGUCACGUAUAACAAAUAUGGCGAGAUUGUGGAGCCAUGGAGACCUGUUGUCAUGUACGGCAACUACGGAGAACCUGUGUACAUGAAGCAACCAUUUUAUCACAAGUUAAAGAGAUGUUGGCGGCAAAGCUUGUUCCACAGGCAGGAGAGGAAGUUUAGUCCGUAUCACUUCUGAAGGGCGAAAACUAUGGUUCAUUCAGACAAUCCAAAUGGUUGAUUAAUAUAAAGCGAAUGUUCCUGUCACAUGGUUUAAUGGUAGCAAGAACAAUUAUACUACCAGUGUUAGAAUAUUUUGUGUUUUGUAAUUUUACGUAAGAGUAAUUUUUACCAUUAUAUAAAAGUUUGUACUACUAAUGUGUCAUACGUCAGAUUUGACAGUAACAAAAUUUAUUGCAGCAUUAUUUUUUGCAAAUCUCAUUGAAAGUACAAAUUUAUAAAAUUUCUUUUGGGGUAAAUGAACCGUUAAAAUAUUUUUGUGGUGACUCAAACUAGAUUCUUGCUUAACACAGCGACACAAAACUUACUGCCUGAUUGCAGGCCCCUCCACAGGCACCGCCGUAGCUUUGUUAGUGUUUCUUGCUGCCAUGUUCGCCACUGCACUUAAUUUACGUUUAUAUUAAUAUAUAUGUUUUUCCAAGUUCUUACUUUCUACUUCAGUACUUAAUUAAUAGUUACAAAUAGUUAUGGUGAGAUAAAAGUUAUUAUUCCGCUCAAAUUCUAUGGUUUUGAGCUUCGGUUAAGACGAUGUUACCAUUAAGUUUAAUGUAAACUUUGUGAUUGUGUUUUAUAAUAAUAUGUUAUUUUUGUAUAUGACCUUUCAUGUAAGUGUCGAGUUAUAAAUUGUGUCAAAAAUGAUGCCAAUUAUGUAUUGGACGGGUCAGUUUUGUCCCUCGUCUUCUACGGAAAUUGUCGGCUCUUGCGUUUGCCGAGUACAGUGCGUUCACUGAUAAAGUUGAUCGCUGCUGUCGCUUCCAAGGUUCCGGCAGGAACUGCUAUUUAAGAUGAGUUGAUUUUAUUGUUUUAUGGAGUGUUCUGAAAACCUUGUGGCACUUGGUGGUGAAUCAUGCAGUUCUGGUCAGAGGCUGGGAAGUGACUUGCAUUCAACUUCGUCAGUGGAUGCAGCGUAUAAUGGACAGUAGAAGAUGUUCAUCGCAGACACAGUCCUGAUGAUGGAGGCUCAAAAUAUGAAGAGUUCCCCCAGGGUAGCUGAUUUAGUAAAGUGUUUGGCUGUGGGUCAGGAUUCGAGAUUCCCGUGGUGGUGAAGACGAUGUUCUGGGUUGUGACACCGUGUAGACUCGUAGGUAGAUACGAGAAUUUCAGGACUGAAGUUUGUUUCUCCAAGACAUUGAUAUCUAUGAUUUUAUGUGGCAUCACAACCCAGAGAAACAACGCCGUCGGCUGCGGAUCGAUUUCCAGCUAGUGCCUUGAUUUUUCUUUUUGUUCAUUAAAAUAUAAAAUAAAAGGAGGAAAUUUUGUUGAAAUUCAUUAUUUGAAAGGUUAAACAAUAAAGUAGUAGAGAAUCGUU